AUGGACGGAAAGGCUCACGCAGAAAAUGUGCUGAAAAUAGUGGCCAAGAUUAUUGCUCCCGCGAUCGAGCCUAACUUCAAUCUAGGUUACACUUGGUGUAUAGAACAGACGAAGUCUUCCGCCUACAACGACCUUGCGAAUGACCUUGAGAUUGACAAAGCUCUAAUGUAUCUGAAGCAGCGUGAUUUCCACCAGGUAAAUCCAGGCAAUGAUGCCUAUCGUUUACACAUCUGUCUCACUAAUCUGAAAGAUGAAAAACUGUUCUAUCCAGAUGGGUAA